UCCAAUUGGCGCCUAGAAGUUUGCCAUCCCAAGGCUGUGGCUCAGCUUCACCCAUUUGGGGAGUCCCUAGGGAUAAGCAGUCCUUGCAGUGAUGCUGGGGUUUUGAGGACAAAAGCCUGGAGAUCACGGCCACGUUCCUCUCCCACGCAGGAUGGAGCGCUAUGUCUCAGUGCCCAGGGAAGAGGCUGCACAACACAUCCCUUUUUUCUUCAUCUCUUCCCCAUCAGCCAAGGACCCGACCUGGGAGAACCGAUUCCCAGACCGCUCCAACAUGAUCGUGCUCAUACCCAGCACCUACGAGUGGUUUGAGGAGUGGCAAGCGGAGCUGAAGGGAAAGCGAGGCAGUGACUAUGAGACCUUCAAAAGCUCAUUUGUGGAAGCCUCUAUGUCAGCGGUCAUGAAACUGUUCCCACAGCUGGAGGGAAAGGUGGAGAGUGUGACUGCAGGAUCUCCACUCACCAACCAGUUCUAUCUGGCUGCUCCCCGAGGUGCCUGCUACGGGGCUGGCCAUGACCUGGGCCGCCUGCACCCUCGUGUGAUGGCCUCCUUGAGGGCCCAGAGCCCCAUCCCCAACCUCUACCUGACAGGCCAGGAUAUCUUCACCUGUGGGCUGGCCGGGGCUCUGCAAGGUGCCCUGCUGUGCAGCAGCGCCAUCCUGAAGCGGAAUUUGUACUCAGACCUUAAGGAUCUUGGCUCUAGGAUCCAGGAACUGAAGAAGAAGAAUUAGUUCUAUCAGAGAGGAGUCGGAGGAAUUUGCCCAGUGGCUGGGGCAUCUCCCUUGACUUACCCGCAAUGUCUGUCUGCAUUAAAUCCUUGCACUCACAAA